ACCAUAAAACAAUGCACUACCUAUAUUAACAAUCAAUUAGUGACCAAUUUACGCAUUCUGGUAGUGGACAUUCGGCACGUCAGUCCUGGAAUUUAUAGUAUAUAACUUAUAGCCAGCACUGAGGGUUGAUUGACUUACUAUGGAAUUGGUUGUGCACGUUAUUCUCUCCAUUCUUGUGAUUUUUAAUUCAGUGCAAGGUUUACACCGUCACACAAAUGGACACCAAUCAAUACUUCAGUACAACGAUGAACAGGGACCAAUGACUUCUUCCCGUACAAGAAAGCAUAUUUUUUCUUAUCGAAAUCCAAAUGCACUUAUACAAUCCAAAUCAUUUAAUUCCGGACUUAAAACGGGUAUCCAACAUAAAUUCUCAUAUGCAAAAGCUAAUAGGGAGUUUCCGCUACCAGCAGCACGAUCAUUUAUUCAACAGAAAAUGAAAAUCAUUGAAGCUCCUCCAAUUUCUAACGUUUUAAAACCAAACAUGAAAAUUGCUGAGUCAUUACCAUUCUCCGACCUUGUGAAACUGAACACGAAUAUUGCCAAGUCUGUGCCAGCAUCCGGGUUAUCUACUGAUCCUUUUGAUUCUCUAAUGAGAAAAAAUAAAAACCUUGUCGGAUCAAUUGAACAGUUAAUUGUAGAUGCUUUAUUUGAUGGUCCACCUGCUGGCAACAUGAAUAAUGGUCAAUUUGUUGGCAUUGCAAGUAAUGGUCAAUCUGUUGACAUUACAAAUAAAGGACCAUCUCUCGACAUUACUAAUAAUGGUCCUUCUAUCGUCAAAGCAAAUAAUGGCCCAAUCGUUGGUAAAAUAAAUGAUACACCAUAUGUUGUACAGCAAGAAAAUAAAGCAGUGAAGAAUUGGAAAACUACUAAUAUUGUCAAAGUUAAAACUGUAAACAAAGAAGCUGUUAUCAACAAAUUAGGAAAGACCACGAUAAACAGAGAUACAAUGGCGAAGAACGAGAAAAUUACCGGAAAGUCAGUUAAAGAUGUGGUUAAAUCUGAUCUAGGAACAACCAAGAAAAUAAACAAGCAGAUUGAAAAAAACAUUUCCAAGUCAAAAAUUGCAUCGCAGAGUGUUGGUCAAACAUCUGAAAAGGGCAAAGAAAGCUCAAAAACUGGUCUAAAAACGGGAAAAGUAGAAGGAAGAUCGAAAGCUGGUCCAAAAACGGAAAAAGCAGAAGUAAGCCCGAAAGCUGAACCAGUUGAACCAACAGAAGCAGUACGAACAGAAGCACCGACAACACCAGAACCAGUCGAACCAUCUGGUAAUGAACUAUACUCUGCGGAUGAAUAUUGCGCAUGCAUGACCUGGUGUCCUCCCGGAACUGAAUAUAGGGGGCGUUGUGGACUCCAAUGGUCAUAUGGAUUGUCAACAUGCUGCAUUCCAUCAUAUUAUGGUGACGAUGAUGAUGGAGAUUAUGAUUAAUUUCAACAGAUAACUACGCUAAAAGUAUCUGGUAUGUACAAGCGUGAAGUAUGAUCACUGCAAGGAUUGUUUGAAUCGUUCCUCCACUGUGGUGUUCAAUGGUCGAUCUUUGCAUUGGUUCAAAAUCGUUUGAUAGAACUACUAGAAGGAUUAGAAAUUUGACAUUUCAUUCAUGUUUAAAUCUUUUUUACCC